GUACAUUCGAACUUGACUUGGGAGUACACAAAAGUCAGCUGAACACUACAAAUUGCGACGAUAAGCGUGCUAUUUCGUAUUUAUUUUUAAAACAGUAAAAACAACAUAAUGGCUACGGGUGUAAAACCUCGUGAUGAAGACUCUAAACUAACUCGGGCUGAUUUAGAAGUAAUACAGGAUGCUAUGAAGAAUAAGAAAUUUCGAGAUUUACUGGGUGAAUAUUGUGAAGAGAUACGUGACCCGGCAAAUCAAGCCGUGUAUCAGAAAGAAAUGACCCAACUUGAAAAGGAGCGUGGCUACGACGUUACUUUUAUCAAUCCAAAGGGCGGUUAUGUUAUUAAGACCAGCGUAGCGGGCGAUAGGAAAGCAUUUAUUAAUAUCUGCAGUAAUGAAAAUGUAGAGAAGCCAUCGUGCAAGGUUCACGAAGAAAAUGGGCAAAAAGGUAUGAGCUGGCAGAUACCAUACUCAAUAAUACCUCCUCGGGAAGACUACAAUUCCAAAAAAGAAAGGUGUAUCAUAUAUGAUGUGGUAUUUCAUCCCGAUACCUUACGUAUGGCUCAGGUAAAUAAGCGUUUUCGUGACCUAGUAAAUAAGACGGCUUUUGAUGGACUCCAAAAAACAUAUGAUAUUCAUUUAGAUCAAAAUAAUAUUCGGUUUCCCAAAUCUUACUACAAAGGUAUGUCUGUUCCUGCUGUUAUAAGAAAAGAAGAUCCUGAUUUUAAACCACAAGAUGAAGAUGAAAAUCUCAGUACUGACCCUGAUUUAUUAGAAAAGCUGUAUCCACAACAUAUUUACCAUCAAAAUAAUAAACCCAGUGAAACUACUGAUUUGAAUACCAAUCAAACCAAAACAAAAUCUAAGAAAAUUGAUUUUACACAUACCAGUAAAAAUGGUUAUACUGUCCCAAAAUAUACAAUUAAACAACAAAAGGAUGUUGAUUUCCAAGAUUAUACAUUUAGUAAAGACAGUAAACAAUAUUGUGCUAUCCCUAGUCAAAUUGUUGUGGAAAUUAAUCUCCCAUUACUGUCAUCUACUAAGGAUUGCAUUUUAGAUGUUCAAGAAAAAAAAUUAACUCUGUCUUCUGAGAAACCAGCAAAGUAUAAACUUGACAUUCAACUUCCCUAUCCUGUGGAUGAUGAAAGGGGUAAUGCUAAAUUUGAUACAACAAAACAUUUGUUGAUUGUAACUCUGCCAGUAGUAAAAAGGACUUUGUAUUUUGAAAAUAAAGGAAGUACAAAAACAGAUAGUGGUGUAGAGAGUGAAGAGCUUUCUGGAUCACAUAGUGAAGAGGAGACAAGAGAUAAUUUAAUUGAAGAAUUGCACUCAAUUUCAAAUGAAGCCACAGUUCCUUCAGAAGUGCACAAAGAUGAACCAAAUGAAGAACAAUUCCUUCUACCCUCUAUUGGCUAUACUCUACCUGCUUAUACUUUCAAUGUAUUAGAUGAUAUUGUUGCUUUCACUUUUCAUGUUAAAAACACUGAUCCGGAAUCAGUGCAGGUAAAGAAUGAUUCAAACAAUGUGCAAAUAAAGUUUUCUUCUAUAGGUUCAGGCUUUGUUCCUGUACAUUAUGCAGCAAUGCUAUCAUUUUCUGAUGAUGUCAAAUUCAAUGAUGCUACAGGUGAAGCUUGGGACAACAAUGUAAUCCUACAGCUAGAAGUGGUUGGAAAAGUGCCCACUGAAUUUUCUAUUGGUUUAAGCCAGGACUCCAUGAAAAAAGAGUAUUUAGAUGUCUCUAUGAUAAAGACUACUGCAAAGAUUGAAUCCAGUGAAACUUUACCAAAAAUUCCAGAAGAAAAAGUAGUUCCCGUUGUUGAGGUUACCAACUUGGGAACGGAAACGAAUAUUCUUGUAUCAACUCCUAUGACCCAAGAGUCUAAUGAUGAAGAGAGCAAAGAUAUUGAAGAUGUAAAAGAAACAGAGCUUACCUUGAGUGAGCAAAAUAAAAUUGAAAAUGGUGCAAAAAGUAUAUUGGUGAAACACAUCCCAAUGAGAAGUUUUUCAGAGUCAAGCUAUGGAGAUGUUGCAUCCUCCAUGGAUUAUAUAAGUUCUGAUUGUAUUCCAGAAGAAUCAAGUUUAAAAAAGACUGUUAGGUUUAGUGAUGUUAUAGCAAGGCAAUUUUAUAGGUAUAAUUCAUCUAUAGAAGGUCAAAAAAGAAAAAAUCAACGCAGGAAAAGUAAAAAGAGAAAUUCAGAAAGACGUAAAAGUGAGAGCGAAGCAGAAGAUGAUUUGUCAAAUUCUAUGCAGUCUUCAAAACCUCGAAUAAAAUCAGCGCUGAAGCAACGCCGUGACAGCGGGCUGGCGGAUACUUCUGAUGCUGAACACGAAAACAAAAAUAACAUGUCUGAUUUCGACACCAUUUACAAUUCUGCAAAUGAAACAGAUGAAAAUGGAAACGAAAAUAAUCCCAGUACCGAAAAUCAAGACAUUGGUAUGGCCAACGGAAAUUCCCACCGUAAAAGUAAAUCUUUGGAAACACCUAGAAAGGGAAAACACGAACCCGUGACUUGUGAAAAUAUCAAGCAUAACUGUAACAUGUAUAAUCCGGACAAGUUAAACAAGGGUCAAUAUUCGGAAAUAAAGUUUAAAAAUGAUCUCAUAUUCGAUUUAGAUAUGUAAUAUUUGCCAUUUAUGUAGCAUCUACAAGAAGGUAACAUUGUUUUGUAGUGUUUAGUUUUCUUUUAAUAUACCAGUGGUGAUUUCUUGUUUUAAUUUAAAAAUAUUUUAUCACGGCGCACAAUUUGUUUAUUCUUUUAACAAUAACAAAUGUGUGUUUUUAAAUAUUUUACCUUCAUAGAAGAUGAAUAUUGUGCGCUUACCUUAUAGAUUUUUCCAUGAAAUUAUGUUCCUUUUCUUCCCUAGUGAUGUCUUGUUAAUAAUAUUGUAGAAGUUUAUGACAAUGGUUUAUAUAUAUAGUUUAUUAAUUAUUCUUUAUCAGUCAAUAUUAAGUACUAUACUAUUUUGAAAUCAUGAAAUUGAUAAGUUUUUGCUGCAAAUCAAUAAUAUAACCCUUAAAAUCUGACUUGUGGGGAAAAAUGUUGGUUUUUAAAAAGUGUCAAUUAUUUGAAAUGUGUUCUUAUUGUGUUCUUUUGUAACCAGUUAAAAUAUUUUCAUUGGUAUGACUAUUAUUAUACUUAUGAUUGGCUUUAACUUCAGGUCGGUUAAUAUUUUUAAAGCCAAUAAUUAUGCGUAUUUAAUGUUUAGUGCCUAAGGUUUAUAAAAUAACGUGGAAUUUACUUUCUCAGUGAUUGACAAGACAUAAAUAAAAAAAUAGUUAAAGUCGAAGACCCAAAAAAUUGACCUAAUAAUAAUAUUUAGUAAAUAAGAUCAUGGAAUAAUGUGUAUUGUUAACUAAAUUGUUUCAAAAAUAAGUAAGUCAAUGGUUUUAGGUAAAAUAAGUGAAUAAAUUUAGGAAAAUUUCUGCUCCAGUGUCAGUGAUAGAAUUAUUCUUGUUGCAUAUAGGUACUUAUAUUUGUUUACACUUUUUAUAAUAAUGGUAUGCUCAUUUUAGACAAUAUUAGGUACAGACUUAAAUGGGAAUACAAAUAGUACAAAUUAGUUAUACAGGCACUAAUUAUUAAUGAUAGAUAAAAAAGUCGGAUAUAAAACACAAUAAUGCACAUUUUUAUAUGGUAAUCGAAAUUGAUAUAGAUGGUGGUUAGAUAUCGUACAAAUUAAAAUAUCGGUUUAUUCUUCAAUCUCAAAUGCGUGUUUGAAACUGUUGUCAUAUAACUUGCAUUUAAUUUACCUUUAGUUGAGGAUUUGUGUGAAAAUGAGUAUUAAGCCUGCUACUACAUUAUCAUUUAUGGUUAUCUUAUUUUUUUAUCUUGGUAUUGUUUUCAAUAUUGUAACUUCCAAGCAUCUAUGCAUUUGUGAUAGUGUAUUGGCGGCCUUAUGAAAGUUACGUAACGAUUGAUCUAUUUCGUAACUUAAUAUUGUGAUGUUUCUAAUAAUAAAUACAAUUAUGAAAAUA